GAGGAGGAGCCGGAGGAGCUCCACUCCACGUUGCUCCCCCGUGAUCGCGUUGGUGAGGCCGUGGCGACACCACUGACGCGGGUACCAGCCGAAAUGGAGCUCCUGGACGACGACUAUCCCGCCCGCUUCGCUGCCUGGAUGCGGCGCCACGGCGGCGGCCACAGCUGUCACCUCAACCACCACGGCAGCGGCAGUAACCACGGUGGGGGAAUGAGCGGCGUGUGCGAUGAGGUGGCUCUUGCGGCGACGGUUAGUUGGUUGCGCCGGCGUAGACGCACGAUGACACUGAAGGAACUCGACGCCUUUGCCCGCAAGAAGCAUUGA